AUGAGCCGCAUCUCCCACUUGAGUAUCAAUGGCCCGGCCGUUGAAGGCGAGGGCAUCAAGCGCUACGCCAAGACCCCGCACCUCUGGGCGCUGGGUGUGGGCACUGUCAUCAGUGGCGACUUCUUCGGCUGGCAGUCGUCGCUGGUCGCGGGCUUCGACGGUCUGCUCAUUCUGCUCUCGAUCGUCACGGUGCAGUACGUGCUGCUGUCGUUCUCGAUCGCUGAGCUGUCGGCCACCGUCCCCCAUGGUGGGGGCCCCUACGUGUUCGCGCUGCACGGAAUCGGCAAGACUGCGGCCUUCUUCGCUGGUAUUGCUGAGUGCUUGAAGGUUGUGGUGACGACUGCCGUUGCCGCCACGGGUAUCGCCUCGUACUUCGCUGAGCUCAUUGGGGUCGACGCCGAGUACGGUCCGAUCUGGUGGAUCGCCUGCUACAUCAUCUUCGUGACGCUCAACAUUGUCGGAGUCGAGAUGACCUUCCGCGUGCAGGUGGUGGUGACGGUCGUGUCGGUGUUCCUGCUGCUGGUGUUCUACAUCGGCGCUGCCACCAAGAUCGACUACCAGCAGUGGGUCGUGGACCGCAACUGGAACUACAACGGCUGGGACGGCAUCCUGGAGGGAGCCUCCUUCACGCUGUGGUUCUACCUGGGCAUUGAGGAGCUGCCGCUGGCCAUUGACGAGACCAUUGAGCCCACCAAGAACAUGCCGCGUGGCCUAAUCGCCUCGAUCGCCACGCUCAUUGUCGUGUCCUUCUGCACGGUGCUCUUCAGCUCCAUGAUCAGCCCCGGCGCUGACGAGAUGUACGUCAACACCUCGCCGCUGCUGACCGGGUACAAGACGAUCUUCGGCGACAACAGCACGACCUCGGGCUUCACGUGGAUCUUGAUCGUCGGACUCAUCUCGAGCUUCCACUCGUUCGUCUUCUGCAUGGGCAAGCUGCUGUACGCCAUCGCCUGCGACGGAUACCUGCCGCAGAUGCUGACCAAGCUGCACCCGACGCGCGGAACGACCCACGUCGCUCUCAUCACGGGAAGCAUCAUCGCUCUGGUGCUGGUCAUCGUGCUGCACUACGCAAUCGGCGACGCGCGUCUGUCCUCCGUGAUGAUCAACCUGUCGCUCAUCGGCGCCAUCGUGUCGUACCUGUUCCAGCUCACGGCCUUCAUCAUGCUGCGUAUUCGUGAGCCCGAACGCCCCCGUCCGUACAAGAGCCCCUUUGGCAUCCCCGGUGCCGUGGUUUGCAUCAUCCUGUGCAUCUUCUCGCUCGUGUCCAUCAUCUACAGCGGCACCUCGAGCUGGGUCUUCCUGGCCUCGGUGCUGGUGGCCAUUGGUUACUUUAUCAUUGGCGCCGUGUACUUUGUGUACCGUGUGAAGCCCCGACUGGAGAUCGGCAAUGGCCCCGUGUCGGCCAAGGAGUUCAGGGAAAACCUCAUGAGCUCGCGCGUGUCCAACAAGGUGUAA